AUGUCUCAUCCGCCUUGUGCUGUGUCAUCCGCCUUGUGCUGUGUCAUCCGCCUUAUACAGUGUCAUCCGCCUUGUACUGUGUCAUCCGCUUUGUGCUGUGUCCCGCGCCUUGUGCUGUGUCAUCCGCCUUGUACUGUGUCAUCCGCUUUGUGCUGUGUCAUCCUCCUUGUACUGUGUCAUCCGCCUUGUACUGUGUCAUCCUCCUUGUGCUGUGUCAUCCGCCUUGUCCUGUGUCAUCCGCCUUGUGCUGUGUCAUCCGCCUUGUACUGUGUCAUCCGCCUUGUACUGUGUCAUCCGCCUUGUGCUGUGUCAUCCGCCUUGUCCUGUGUCAUCCUCCUUGAUCUGUGUCAUCCGCCUUGUCCUGUGUCAUCCGCCUUGUGCUGUGUCAUCCGCCUUGUACUGUGUCAUCCUCCUUGUGCUGUGUCAUCCGCCUUGUCCUGUGUCAUCCGCCUUGUGCUGUGUCAUCCGCCUUGUACUGUGUCAUCCGCCUUGUACUGUGUCAUCCGCCUUGUGCUGUGUCAUCCGCCUUGUACUGUGUCAUCCGCCUUGUACUGUGUCAUCCGCCUUAUACAGUGUCAUACGCCUUGUACUGUGUCAUCCGCUUUGUGCUGUGUCCCGCGCCUUGUGCUGUGUCAUCCGCCUUAUACAGUGUCAUACGCCUUGUACUGUGUCAUCCGCUUUGUGCUGUGUCAUCCACCUUGA